AUGGACUUCAGUUUGACACAUAUACGGAGAAGUAAGUCGACAUCGUCAUCGCCGACGACUAGCAGUUUUGAUCCACUUUCGACCAUAUCUCGAAACGGCGUCGAGCUGACAACAACAUCGACCCCAUCGUCGUCCACAUCUCUGUUAUCGCCACAAUUGACGUCGUUGGGUUCACAGCGACAGCAUAUUUCGUCGUCAACACAUCAGCCGUCAGAUGGAGGCAGUGGCGCAAACCAGAAAAUGCUGCCUGGGACUAGUUCUGAGUCAAAGUCCGUUAAACCUAGACAUAAAGAUCAGUUGAAUGAAUUGAUAUCGUGUCAGAUCUGUGGAGACACUUCAACAGGUUUUCAUUAUGGUGUCCAUUCCUGCGAAGGAUGUAAGGGCUUCUUUCGACGCAGUAUCUCACAACACACAAGUUACACAUGUACAAAUAAGGAAAUGUGUGACAUAUCAAUCUAUACCCGCAACCAGUGUCAGUUAUGUAGAUGGAGAAAGUGCUGUUCAGUUGGAAUGUCAAAAGAUGCAUCUAGAUUAGGGCGUCGGUCAAAGAGGAUGAUUGAAAGAAUGCAAGACAUGAUCACCAAGACACCCAAAGAUGAGCCAGAUAAAAGGAUAAAGACAGCCAGAGGAGGUCUCCAAAGGAAUGAGUACAUGCACCAAUCGUGGGGUUCACAGGAACUGUUUGACAAUGUGAUUGAAAACACUGGAAAGCAGUCUGUACCACAGUACAACUGUAACUUCAAGGACAUGGUGAAUGUAAAAUCUGAGCAAAUCGGGGGGUUAUCUACGUGUCUUUAUGAGAAUAUGGGGAUAAAACAAAUACUGGGUGGUUUUAAACAACCUAGUGACAAGUCUCCAACUGACGAAGAUUCCAAAUCUGGUCUGCCAAUGUCGCCUAAACAAGCUGGGUUUAUUUCAAGUUCUAGUCUGUCUGAUAUCAAUGGGAUAUCAGUAACGGCUAUAAACGAGAUGUUGUCGGCAGGACAGCCAGUGAUUCUUAUUCCUCAGCAAAUAGGGAAGUCACCUGCUUUGGGAAUGUCAGUCCAGGGUCAGAUUCCUCCCGCUGUCGUUGUUGUGAAACCAUCGGAACCAUUGAAGCAGCAGGUCUGCCCGUCACCAGUUUCACCUUUCAGUGAGCUUUCAGGAUUCAUAAACAAAGAACAAAAAUCGUCCGAUUGUGCGGCAACCUCUUCCGGAUAUCAUUCCUCACAAAGGCAAACUAUGACUGAAAUGACAAAUUACACUUCACUUAAUAGUAUUGAACCAGAGUACACCAAACCUAAGCCAUCUCCCCAAUCUAUAGGAUCACCACAGCAACUGACACCCUCUCUUAGAAACCAGGCAACAACAGAGUCAGUGUUAAAACAGCAGUCAGCACAACAGCCAUCACCGUGUGGCAGUUUGGGCAGCAGCUUUCAACUAUCUCCCUUUCUAUCAUCGCCAAUAAGCUCGCCUGGGAAAAACUUCCUAUUUGACACCCCAACGCCAAGCCCUGACGAGUCAGCGUCUACUAAGUCACCCGUAGUCAUUAACUUCCCAGACAUCAAUACUAGCACGCUUAGCAGUGAAGAAGUGGAGCAGCUGGAAGUGCUUUUACAUAGCAUUGCAAAGUCACACCAUGAUAAUUGUCAUUUUACUUACGCCAGGAUACGAAUUUUGAAGAAGAGGUAUUUUGGAAUUGAAGAGUCGGAGUACAGUAGUAGGGGAAGAAAACUUCAUGAUUGCAGCAACUGUCCUCCACCGCCUGAUUUCCCAACAUCAGAAUUGCCGCCACGAGAACUGACAAUGAGUGAAGACAAGAUAACAGCCACUCAUAUGAUUCGCUUUUUUGCUGAUAAAUUCACGGGUCUAAUAACUCGAAUCGUAGUGUUCACAAAACAGAUACCCGGAUUCCGAAUGCUCGACAAGGAAGACCAAAUUAUCUUGAUUAAGGCUGGACUGUUUGAAGUUUCAGCUGUCCGGUUUACGACCGUCAUUGACACUAAUUCCAACAUGGUAAAUUAUUGGACAACAGGCGACCGAUUCUCACGGGAGCUAGCCCGACAGGGCCACCUGGGUAAAGUGAUAGAUCUCCUUUUUGAAUUAGCUGGGUGGUUCAAUGAACUUGAAUUGACCGAUGACGAAGUUGGAUGUUUGAAUGCGGUCAUCAUGGUUGCUGCCGAUCGUCCAGGUCUAAAAAAGAGAGAAGAUGUACUUGUACUUCAAACCCGACUUCUCAAAGUGCUUCAGUUAGAGCUCAAGAGAACGCAUCCAGACAGACCUGACUUGUUUACGCAAGUACUUACCAUCAUCCCAAAGUUACGCGAGAUUGGCCCAGAACACACACGACGACUGAUGGAGUUGAAGAUUCAAAAUCCGAAAGUACCAAAACUGUCUGCUUUGCACGCCGAGGUCUUUGAUCUUGUUGAAUGAUUAAAACACUGAGAUGAAAACUUUUUCCAGCGUUAUUUUUGAAACGAAAAUUCAUUAAUUUUAUAUAGAUUACGACACUAUCGGUAACAUUAUAAAACCAUAAAAUAUUUUUAUUCUUUAUUAGUUUCACAUACAUGUAUACGAACACCUCAGUGCUUACUUGGAUACAGGGAAGAGCCUUCCGAAUCAUUGGUCGUUGUGUGCACAGUCAGCUGGCGCACAAGUAAUAAUAAAAUAAAUGCGAUAUUUACUAUA